AUGCUCAAUGGUAAUCAGGCCGUUGCCUUUGAAUGGUCUUUUGCAGGCUUGGCUCUUAUAUUUGUGCUCUUAAGACUCUAUGUCAGGAUUUUCCACGGACCAAGUAGUAGGCUCAACUGGAGCGACUGGAUUGUGGUGAUAGCAUGGCUGAAUUUUGCUGCUGGUUGCGCCUGUGAUGUUGAACUGAAUCGAUUAGGAUUUAUCCAUCCUGCUUCUUCAUAUCGCGGUAACUUAUCCAUGAUUACUCCUGAUCCAGAGAAGACUGUUCGAAUUCUAAAGAUCAUAUAUUACUCGAUUUUCCCUUACAUCAUCGACUUAUGGCUUAUCAAAGCUGGUAUUCUAAGUUUUUAUUAUGUUGUUAUUCCAAGGACAUUACCGUUAUAUCGAUGGUUCCUGCAUAUGACUGCUGGCCUUUGCCUUGUGACCUUUUUUAUGGUCUUCUUUAUAAACAUGUUUUGGUGCGAUCCAAUUUGGAGCAACUGGUCUCUAGAUGAAGCAGAGAUUUGUGUUGCUAGUGCCAAGGAGCCCCCUUUCUUUCUUACAGUUGGUAGCACUAUUAUCACGGAUCUAUUGAUAUUCUUCCUUCCAUUUCCACUGCUUCAAAACAUCCACCUCCCGCUCCGCAAAAUGGUCGGCGUAAUCGCCCUAUUCACACUCGGCUCCCUCACAAUCCUCGCUGCAAUUUGUCGUGUCGCUGUGAUCGCAAGAACCGCAAAUGUCACCGAAGUCACUGCUUGGACCGCCGUUGAGUGCUCCACUGGCAUAAUAGUAGCCUGCGCCCCGGCUCUUCGGGUGCUCCUUAUACGCCGAGAGCGUAGCCCCUCUGGCGGCCUCUCAAAAUCCACCAGGUCCUACCCAAGACCGGGCCCGCCCAUCUUUAGCGCCAGCGAUCGAAACGAGAUAUGGGAUGGAACUGACGCGACAGCACCGCACUGGAUCCGCAUGGCGAGCAUAUCCGGCAGCGCCGCUGUAUCACCGCGGGAACCACAAUUUGACGAUGCCGUGAUAGAGGCGCUCUCGAAACAACUAACACCGGGCAGGAACAGCCACGACUUUCGUAACUCCAGUUUUAAUAACUUCGAUAUGGUUGCACCGAUUCCGAAUAUGAGACUACAACUUGGUCGAGGAAUCAUAGAGCAUGCACCAAUGUCACCGCAUAGUACUAGAUCACCCGUGGACGACCAUAUGACGAUUGGGUCAAUAUCACCUCGAACUAUAUCGCCUCUGACAAGUCCAGAUUUUAUUCGGCUGGACCACCGACCCGGAUCGGACGAUGUCUCGCUGAACCGAUGGGACACCAGCGAGAGUGGGAGACUGGAGCUGGGAAGGAUCGUGGAAAACGCGGCGGGAGCGAAUCGGCCAAGGGCUGCAUGCAUUACAACUGUAGGGGAAGGGUGGGAGGGGAGAGGGGGUCUCGGGCCGUUCUGGAUUAUCGGGCACAAACUGGGGGCCUCAAUAUUGGACCCAUGGAGCACCUACCUACUCAAGCUUGGCUACUUUAUUUACCGUUCCUUGAAUCCACCUCGCACACGUGUUGUCGCACCAUGCUGCUCCUCUGAGCAGAGACGCAUCUACAUAUCUAUCUAG